AUGGUGGUUAAGUUGACCAUUUUGAUUGAGGACCCGAGACAAGUCGAGCGGAGGAGGUUGCUUGGCAUUGAUGAUGCUGAUGCUCCAACCAGGGAAGACUUAGCUUCUGUUUUAGAAGAAGUAUGUUCCUUGUUCAAUGCUACGGACCCUUUAUUAUACCAUGAUUUGCAUCAAUGUUGGUCAAUGUGA